UGGGAGGCCUGGAUUCAUCAAUCAGUUGGAUUGCAAAAAUUGACCCCAAUUCUCUCGGUUGCCGCAAGCUAAAUUCAAAGUUUUCUUUUUAUUUUCUUUGGUUUUAUUAUUUUCUUCUUUUGUUUUUUUGGUUGUUUCUUUUGAGCCAAUGGCAUCAGCAGCAUGACCCGCAGCUGGCAAACGCUCUUCAACUAUGCACGACACAUGCAUGCUCUCCUGCGACAGGAGCGAGAGCAACGCGAAAGAUGCCCCCAGCAGAUUGGACAUUCUCGUUUCAGCCUUUUGCCCACGAUACACGCCUACUGCACUGAGGAAAAGGUGCAGCAGGUGAAAGAAUGCUCAGACCGGAAAAAAUUCAAGCGAAGCCUUAUGCUGGUCAAAUGGUUUUACCCCCUAGUGAAGGCAUCUGAUGAAUCAGAUGAAACGGAUGGUAUAAAUAAUGAAGGCAGAGCCAAAGCUGAAAAAAAGGCAAAGGAGAAGAGUCGAGAAUCCAUCCAUCGGAAUUCUUUUCGACAAAUGACCAUCAGAUCGUAUGAGAAUCGUUUGCGUAGAUACUCACAUCCUGAUAAGAUAUUUCGCUACUUUGCCACCAUUAAGAUGAAGAAUGAGCAAGGACGUUGGGAAAUAUAUAUGACACCGCUGGACUUUUUACGCUCUCUGAUGCCUGGAUUUCUGCAACCAGAAAAUCUCGGACUUGAUCGCUAUCGUAAAAUAGACUCGUCCAAGACAUUGACUUAUCCUGGAUUAAGCGAAGACAGUUUCUUUUGCAAAUUUCAGAGCAAUGGCUUGCUAACCUAUUCGGAUUAUGUGUUCCUGAUGUGUCUGAUUAAAAUGCCCGAAAGGUAUAUAGAGAUGGCCUUUCGUCUCUUCGACCAUGAUGGAGAUGGUAAUCUCAGCAUGGAUGAGCUGAAUAAAAUGUUUGAGAAAGUUGGCUUCAGCGAUACCCAUUUGAGAAAUGCAAAGGUGUAUCGCUAUUUUUUUGGCAAUAACUUCAAUCAAAAGCUAAGUCUUAAUAAGUUUUUGCAAUUUCAACGUCAUAUAAAUCGAGAUAUCCUUAUGAUGGAAUUUAAUUUGCUUAUGAAAAAUCCACCGCAAAUGAAAAAUGAAGGCAAAUUGCGAACGAAACAGGAGAAAAAUAUGAAAAUAACCGAAUUGGCAUUUGCCAAAGUGUUGCUAGCCUAUGCUGGAUAUCCAAAUAAGAAGCGUUUGUUGACCCUGCAACGUAUCAAGGAGAAAUACUCGACAUCGACGACUGGCAUAAGUCUCAAUGAUUUCAUGGCUUUCUUCACGUUUGUCCGCGAUAUAUCGGCCAUUGAUGCAGCGUUAACCUUCCACUAUCUGGCCGGGGCGGAUAUAUCGCGAGAGACUCUUAAACAUAUAUCCAAAGUCGUUGUAGGUGUCCAUCUAUCAGAUCAUUUGAUUGAUAUCAUCUAUACUGUCUUUGAUAGCGACGAAAAUGGGAUUCUUAGUCGUAGGGAGCUGGUGCAUGUGUUUCGUGACCGUAAAACUCGAGGCAGAUGGGUGAAUCACAAUUCUGUUAAAUUUACAGCCAUAUUGGGCGCAGUGUGCAAGUGUGCCCAAGACACGAUACGUUCGUAUAUGUGAAAAAUCUGUAAUAAACUUUAGAAAAUCGAAAAA